CACACAAACACACACAGACACACCUGACUCACUCUUGUGGCCACUCAUGCCAUCAUUUCAGAGAAUGUCCUUUCCACGAAAUGGCUUCGUCUUUCUCAGAAGCUCACAAAAAGAAGCAGAGUAAGGAUCUGUGUUAAAGAGGAGCUGCUCCUGUAUACUGGUCUGGCUGAAAUGAAAGCAGGGAGGAGAGAAUAAUAUAUUAAGGCAGAUAAGCAGAAGUGACUGAUGCACUCUCAAAGCAGCUGGACUGCAGAAGGAUUAGAGCAGGAGCAGAAGAGCAGACACAUAGCCAAUAAGGUAAGAGUAGACUGUGCAUAGCAAGGGUGACAGCGUCCAGUGAGCAACAGUGUUCGUGGAGGAUUUCGGAUACAGAAAAGAAACUCAACAGGGAAAACAGGAAAAUGUCAAACAGCGUUUACAAGAAGAACAGUAGAAAUGGCUCGAUUUGUAUUUACUUGGGGAAGAGAGACUUUGUGGACCAUGUGGACCAUGUUGAUAUUGUGGAUGGGGUGAUCAAGGUGGACACUUCAGAACUGGAUGGAAGAAAAGUGUUUGUGCAGCUGGCUUGUUUCUUCCACUAUGGGAAGGAAGAUUUGGAUGUGAUCAGUUUGUCCUUCAGAAAAGACAUUUGGAUCCAGCAUAUUCAAAUUUAUCCUCCACCUGCUGAAGACAAACCGGUUGUCACACCUAUGCAGGAUGUCCUCAUGAAGAAAGCAGGAGAAGGAUCACACCCCUUCACUUUUAAUAUUCCACCAAACCUGCCAUGCUCUGUAUCUUUUCUCCCAGCGCCAUGGGACAAGGGCAAGGCUUGUGGUGUUGACUUUAAAAUAAAAGCCUACAUUGCCAACAUGGCUGAUGAUCCAGAUGAGAAAAUUGACAAAAAAGACACUUGUCAAUUGAUCAUUCGCAAAAUCCAGUUUGCACCAGACAUUUUGCUACCUGGGCCUGAGGUAAAUAUCUGCAAGCAAUUCAUGUUUUCAGGAAAGAUGAUUCACUUGGAGGCCUCCGUACAGAAGGAGGUUUACUAUCAUGGGGAUCCAAUCCGGGUCAGAGUGAAAAUAACCAACCAGACCAAAAAAGUCGUGAAAAAAAUCAAAAUUUCCAUUGACCAGACAGUAGAUGUUGUGCUCUACUCAACUGACAAAUACACCAAAGUUGUUCUCUGUGAGGAAUUUCGGGAUCAAGUAAAUAGCCAAACAACAUUUGAGAAGGAUUACAUAGUCACACCUCUCCUGGCCAACAACAAAGAGAAAUAUGGUCUGGCAUUGGACAGCAGGCUAAAAGACGAAGACACAAACCUUGCAUCAUCCACAAUUCUGCAAACUAAUAUGUACAAAGAUGUACAGAGCAUUCUGGUGUCUUACAAAAUCAAAGUCAACCUCAUGGUGGUCGGUGCUGGUGUCUUGGGAAGCCUUAUAUCCAGUUAUGUUACUGCUGAAAUACCUCUGAUCUUGAUGUCACCGAAGCCAACAGACAUGGUUGCAGAGGCAUCAGCUGAAGAAACAUGAAAAAAUAAAAAUAAAAAUCAUGGAUUUACACAAAUGUACUUUGUGUCAGACAAUAUCUUGAAGUUUUUAUUCUCUGUAAAAUUGACAGUGCAUACAGCUGCUGAUGAUCUCUGGUACAGCUCAGACAAUGAAAGUAAAAUAGGCAAUAUAAACAGUCUGGAGGGCUUCAUCACUUAUCCGUGGGUCAUGGUGUAGACUAUAUAGAAUAUAAUGUCAUUGAUUUUAUUCUUUGGUAUAUUAGCCAUUAACAUGUGAAUUCAGUGUAAGUGUAGAAAAUAAACUGUUUCUGUAUUAAGUGAGUUAAAAUAAAUAUAAGUAAGAAGUAUUACUUCCCCAUAUCUGAGUGAUGUUCCUCCAGUUUCUCCAAUUUGAGAAUGAAUGAUUAUUAUAUAUUUUAAAUGUGGGAACUAUGUUGUGACUUUUUUUUAACUCAUGGAUUCGUUCCUUGAAUUCUCAAUCUGACCCAUCAGAGGCUGUAAAAUUAUUUUAUUUAAGCUCAGACAGUAGAACUUGCUGUAAAAUGAGUGACAGGUUUAUACUGAUGCACUCUUCUAUGUUAUUGUUUUUAUAGUAACAGUUUUUUCACAACAUCUGAACUAUAUGACAGAUGCUCAAACAGAGGGAGAGAGACACAGUGAUGUUGCUGAGGAAAUGACUGUUUAUUGUUGAUACAGUGAAAGUUAUUGACUUGUUUACAAACAGCAUUAAAUCUUCUAUGUGUCAUUCGUUAAUAAAUUAAAUAUUGUAAUAGUUAGUAAAUCACUGUUACAACAGGAAUACAACACUUCAAAUUGUGUUAUACAAAAAUAAUCCACUUUAAUGUGGUAACUGCACUCUGUUUUGCAUUGUGCCAUAUCGCACCAUCCCGACACGGAUUGUUUUGAUCAUAUAACUGCAUAUAACUGUCUGUUAUGUAUUAUAUCCACUGUGCAGACUUUGUAAUGUCUUUGCUUUCUUGAGGCUUUUUUCCUUGAGGUUUCCAUUCAAAAUGUAAAGUGUGUUUAAAAAUGUAUAAUUUGUCUCCCAUAAUUUUACAACAGAAGCACAUAUCUGAAGACUAAUCUGUCUCCAGAGUCACAGAAAACAAAUUUUAUUUAAUAUUAUUUUGUUUUAUUUUUAUGCCAAUGUAUAAAAGUUUGGUGUCAGUUAAAUAUUUAAAAAUGAAGUGGUUUGGCUGUCUUAAGUACGCUGUACAUUAAACCAGAAUAAAUAAAUAUAAGUAAUAAUUAAUUGAAGAUAUGCUCAUUUUAUUAG